AGCGGGAGGGGUGCUGGGGUUAGUGGCUGCGGGGGCGGAAGGUCGGGCGGCGCAGGCCGGCGGGCUGGGAUUGGGAAGGCCGCGAAGCCCGGCUGAGUUGAGGUUCGGCGUUUGCGGGUUCCUGGCCCGGCCCGAGAUGAGGAAUCAGAGGCUCAGAAAGGUGAAGUGACUGCCCCAAGGUCGUUCAGGUAAGUGGCUGAAACGAUUGGAAACUAGGAGUGUUCGGUUUCAAGUUGGUACCAAGCAGGGAAACAUGGACUCCUCUUGGAGUCAUUAAGGAGAACCACGGAAAGAGAAGAGCCGUGUCUUCCUGUGAACAGGCUGCCAGGACCUUGAGAAACGUCUGCACAAAGACAAAAACAACAACAACGUUGUUCUAUGGAUUUUCGUUUUCCCCCUUGCAAAAAUAAAACAUACUCAUCGUAGCAAUAUGUAAAAAAGCCAAAAGAAGAAAUUGUUUGCCAAGAACUUUUUUCCCCUUCAGUUUAAUUGUGAAGCCAUUUUUGGCCUGGUGUUGAGGGAAGAGACAGAUGCUAGAGACAAGCCCAGCUCUGCUGCUAAGGGGCUGUGCCACUUGGAGCAAUUCUCUUCCCUCUGAGCCUCCAUUUCUUCAUCGGAAUGGCUGUUGGCUUUGUGACCUCCUUGCUCUGCUACCUCAGGCAGGUUACCUAACUCCUCUGAGCCCCAUUCCCUCCUCUGUAUGGCAGGGACAAUAAAAUCUCCAGAAUUGUUCUGAGGACUCAAUUAGGGUGUUGUAGUGCAGUAGUUGAGAGUGAGAAGACAGGUGUGGGUUCAUCUCAUUGUGCCUCAGUUUGCUCAUCCGGAAAACGGAAAUAAUAAUAGUAGCUCCCCCCUCAGCGUGUUGUGGGAAUUAAAUGAGGUCAUCCAUGUCAAGUGGUUGGCUCCAUGGUAUAUAAGACAUAGAGAUCAACUGCGUUAUUAAGUUCCUUAAAAUGUGACAGGCUGAACUCCCUGGGUCUGAAACUGGUGGCCCAGAAACCAGGUCCACCCCAGAGGUAUGUUUUCUUUGUUUCAAGAGGCCUUGCCCAGUCCUUACCACUGCCCACUUCCCAUAUUAAUCUCACCCAGCUGGCCACAGAGGCAGGAGUUUCUGAAUCCCAUCUGAAGUUCCUAGAUCCUUCUAGACUUGACAUACUGGUAUCAGGGGGACGCUUAAGAAGAAGAAUAUUAGCUAUGUGUAAUGCUGAGUGAGCAGAGCCUGGGGUUCCUCCCACGUGACUGUGCAGAAUGUGGAUUUCUACAUCAGCUUUCCUAUGCUGGGGGGAGGAAGGAGGGCAGUUCCUUAGCUGAAAAUUUUUUUCUAGCCCCUCUUGCUGGGUCCAGAGGUCUUCAGUGACACCAUUCUCCCUUCUCAUCUCCACCCUGCAGGACAUUGGAGCCUCCAGCCAUUAGGAACUGAACUACUGUAGAAGAGGAAGUGGACAGUGAGUCCCAGGCCUUGUGGGGGCUGAUGGCCAGCAGAUGGCUGCAUCUGUACUGGGUGCAGAGUUUGCUCUGUGUGCUGCUGAUGGUGGAGACAGUGUCUGGAGCCAGGGGCCUGUCUACAGGGGCCCACCUUACCCCCCAGUUUCCAGCUGUAGGGGUAAACCAGACCCCCGUAAAAGAUUGUCGAGACGUAUGUAGCCUGAAUGCCUCUGACCGCUGUGACUUCAUCCGAACCAACCCUGACUGCUAUAGUGGAGAGGGCUACCUGGACUACCUACAAGGCAUCUUCUGUCACUUCCCUCCUGCCCUCCUCCCUCUGGCUGUCACCCUCUAUGUUUUCUGGCUGUUUUACCUGUUUCUGAUUCUGGGAGUCACCGCAGCAAAGUUUUUUUGCCCCAAUUUGUCAGCCAUUUCCACUACCCUCAAGCUGUCCCACAACGUGGCAGGUGUCACCUUCCUGGCCUUUGGGAAUGGCGCACCUGAUAUCUUCAGUGCUCUGGUGGCUUUCUCAGACCCACGCACAGCUGGCCUGGCCAUCGGGGCACUAUUUGGUGCAGGUGUGCUAGUGACCACGGUGGUGGCCGGAGGCAUUGCUGCUCUACACCCUUUCACAGCUGCCUCUAGGCCCUUCCUCAGGGACAUAAUUUUCUACAUGGUGGCUGUGUUUCUGACCUUCACCAUGCUCUUCCGUGGCAGGGUCACACUGCCAUGGGCCCUGGGUUACCUGGGCUUGUAUGUGUUCUAUGUGAUCACCGUGAUUCUCUGCACCUGGAUCUACCAAUGGCAACGCAGAAAAUCCCUGACCUACUCCGUGCCUAGAACUCCAGAGAUCCUCUCAGAUUCUGAGGAGGAUCAAGUGUCUUCUAAUACCAGCAGCUAUGACUAUGGUGAUGAGUACCGGCCACUGUUGUCCUCCCAGGAGACCACGGCUCAGAUCCUGGCCCAGGGGCUCAACCCCCUUGAUCACAGGAGGUGGAGAAGCAAGUCUGUGUACUGGAGGGUCCUCAAGGUAUUCAAGUUGCCCGUGGAGUUCCUGCUGCUCCUCACUGUCCCCGUCGUGGACCCGGACAGGGACGAUCGGAACUGGAAACGGCCCCUCAACUGUCUGCAUCUGGUCAUCAGCCCCCUGGUCCUGGUCCUGACCCUGCAGUCAGGGGCCUAUGGUGUCUACGAGAUAGGUGGUCUCCUUCCCGUCUGGGCUGUGGUGGUGAUCGUGGGCACAGCCUUGGCUUCCGUGACCUUUUUUGCCACAUCCAACAGCGAGCCACCCAAGUUUCACUGGCUCUUUGCUUUCCUGGGCUUCCUGACCAGCGCCCUGUGGAUCAAUGCAGCUGCCACAGAGGUGGUGAAUAUCUUGCGGUCCCUGGGUGUGGUCUUCCGGCUGAGCAACACUGUCCUGGGGCUCACGCUGCUGGCCUGGGGGAACAGCAUUGGAGGUGACUCGGGGCUGGGUGGGGUUCUUGGAUGUCUUCUCAGAUUUCACACUGGCUCGCCAGGGAUACCCACGCAUGGCAUUCUCUGCCUGUUUUGGUGGCAUCAUCUUCAAUAUCCUUGUGGGCGUGGGGCUGGGCUGCCUGCUGCAGAUCACCCGGAGCCACAUGGAGGUGAAGCUGGAGCCAGAUGGGCUGCUGGUGUGGGUCCUGGCCGGCGCCCUGGGGCUCAGCCUCGUCUUUUCCCUGGUGUCUGUCCCAGUGCAAUGCUUCCAGCUCAGCAAAGUCUACGGCUUCUGCCUGCUCCUUUUCUACUUGAACUUCCUUGUUGUGGCCCUGCUCACUGAAUUCGGAGUGAUUCACUUGAAAAGCAUUUGACUGAAGCCACCUGGUGGUGGCAUGUCACUGUAGGCAGAUGCCCUCAGCCUCCUAUGAGGGGAUGACUGGGGACUGGAGCAUCUUCUGCAGAUUGCAGUGACCAUGAGUGGCCCUGGACUCCCAUGGGCGGCUCUCGCUGCUGGUCUGAAGUCACCACCAUGAGCAGAGGAACUACCGGGUCCCUCAGCUGCCAUCAGCCCACAAGCCUUAUAACUGGGACUUUGGAGAUUGGGCUUUGUUCUGGACACAGGGCUCCAGACAGAAGCUGUACCAGGACUUCUUGAGUUAUCUGGGGUGUGGGGAAGGGGAUGCUGGCUGCCUUCCAAGCAGUGUUGGACACGCUGGUAUGAUCAGGGGUGAAGGCAUCCACAGGACAUAGACUCUGCCUGUUCUCCCUCACUGGGCCUCAGGCCUCCCAGUAUCACCUCCUCAGGAUGCGAACGGUUGCCUCACCCUAACUCAGAAUGUCAGGGUGACAGGACCCCAAGGCCACCAAGAGCUGAACUGUAUGUAGAGCUGCACCAACUAUCAGAAAUGGAAUUCAAGAUGAGCUAAUUUCCAAUUUCUAGUUGUCAUGUCAACAAAGCCAAAAGAAGCAGGUGCAAUUAACAGUAAUAUGUUUUACUGAACACACUGCUUCCAGAACACCCUCUCCGCCUGUGGCACUGCCAUGUCAGUGGCUGCCAUGCCACAUGGCCUGGCUCUAGACUCUUCCGCUCUGCCUUUGGCUGUGCAGACUUCUCUGUGCCCAGAGCCUUGGGGCUGCCCCGCUGCACACAGGAGUACAUGUGUGCCCUGUGCCUACCUCAGGGGAGCCCUGGGUCAGGGGCUCCAGUGCCUGCAAGCUCCAGGGGGACAGAGAGGCUCCCUGGUGCCUUUCUGCUGUCAUGAUGAUCCCACCUUUGAAAUAAGCAACUCUUGUAUGCCUGAUUGCCUUAUGCAGGUAAAGAAAAGGAUUCGAUUAUCUUUUAUUCCAAAUAAAAAAUACUGUUUCGAGUGGCACCUGUGGCUCAGUGAGUAGGGCACUGGCCUCAUAUACUGAGGGUGGUGGGUUCAAACCCAGCCUGGGCCAAACUGCAACAAAAAAAUAGCUGGGUGUUAUGGUGGGUACCUGUGGUCCCAGCUACUCGGGAGGCUGAGGCAAGAGAAUCACCUAAACCCAGGAGUUGGAGGUUGCUGUGAGCUGUGACACCAAGCACUCUACUGAGGGUGAUAAAGUGAGACUUUGUCUCUAAAAAAAUAAAUAAAUAAAAUAAAAAUGUUUCAAGGACAUGGUAAAAAACACAUGCCCCACUCCUAUUAGUUCUCCCUUACCUGGAACCAGGGAGGCGGGGUUAGGGGUGCGGCCGAGGUCAGGGGGACAGGGCUGGGGGUGGGGCUGAGGUGGGUCAGAAGGCCUUAGAUGGGACAUUCGUCUCCCCACAACACCUGAAGCCAUACAAGUCAAGAGGAAGCAGCCACAUUUACAAAGCAGAGGCUCUUUAAUUAAUACGCCAGAAAUCCGUAGAUACAGUGGGUUUUCUAGGUAACAAAUAACCAAUGUACAAAACCUACGGCGUUGCUCCCAUGCUCCGUACAAAAUGAUUGUCCUCGUGGUGUGGAGUAAGGCUGGGGCUGGGUCAGGGGAAGCAAGACAGCGCCAGGCAGCAUCCCCAAAGUGCCUGCAUGUUGGGAUGGGGGCACAGUGGCAUUGCCACCACUGCCAGGCUAUAACCCUGGCCAUCAGUCAGUGUCACUCACGUCCACUCAGCUAUGAUGCUGAGGGUAAGGGGGCAUUUGUGCAUGGUUAUGUCCCCAUGCCCUCAGAGCUCACAGCCUGGAGUGACCCUGUCCCUACUUGGUGGGCAAGUUUGAGUGUCAACUUAGCAGGCUCCUAGGUAACCCCACAGGGAUGGCUGUCUCUAGCCUCCAUGACAAGGGUGCCCCUCCACUAGCUGGAGCCUGGUCCAUCGGCACUAUUGCCACUUGGAUUUGUCCUGUCCUGGCCCAAACCAUGCUCCAUCUCAGGGCAGGGUUGGACACGCAGACAAGUCACCAUGAAUAGAGCCACAAUCCUACCCAUUCUGCAACGGGUGCUCACACUCCCAUCGGGGCCUCAACUCCCCUUGGCUAAUACCAGUGGAUGCUGGCCCCUCCUGGCUUGCAAACCCCUUGGCAGCAGAGAAAGGGACUAGCAGGCCAACACUUGGGCCAGAGGACUCACGCCCACCUUUCAGAACUGUCCCUUGACCCUUGCUUCCCACCGCCCAUUUUAGUACACAAAAGCUAAAAGGCACCGAGUUGUGCAAAUGAAGUUCCUUCUCCAUGGAGGGGAAGGGAUUCUGGCCCAGGGCUCAAUGCUGAGCUCCUACAAUGGCUGCUGGCCCUCCAGAGAUGAAGAGGACAAUGUCAGCCUCCUGAUUCUGUGGGGGAUUCACAGUGGUUCUCUACGAUUUGUCGUUUUCCCAAAGGGCUGUGCUUUAAAAACAGAAACACCCACUGUUUCUCCCCUGGUGAGGAGGAGAAAUGGGCCGAAUUGGUUGUGGAUCCAGCUUGGCCUUGGAGGUGAUCAGGGAAUGGAACCAGAUGAUGCUCCCUUGGGGUCAGGCUCUGCCCUGCCUACUAUGUGGCCAGGAAAAGGACAAGGCCAGAGGGAGCCUCUGUCUACCCACCUUCAGAAGUCACAAGAAACAGUUCCUAGAAAGUUGAGAUUGGCCCAGUUUGUCCUCUGGUGGUGAGUUCCCCUGCCCACUUCAUACCCUUCAUCUCACUGACAUGGACCCGUGCUGUGCUCGGCUCUGUGGCUCAGGACGGCCAAACCAAGGCUACCUCUGCCCUGACCCUGCUUUGGGAGCUACCACUCCCCACCAUCAUGGCCAGCAAACCCAACAGGUCUGCUCCAGACUUGAGCACCCAUCCUUCCUUGACUGCACUCAGACAGAAUCUAGAACUCCAAGGAGGUGCCAGGGGAAUUUGAUUAAAUGAGCAUUGAUCUGAACCAACUAGCCCAGGGUGAGGUGGGAAUCAGACCAGGCUGGGCCACAGGGUUGCAGCCACAUCCCGUGGCCUCUCUGUGCUAUUUGCUCCUAUUCCCAACAGCAACACCUCAUGCAUGUGUGUGAAGGACUUGCUGUUGUCUUUAGCACAAUCCAUUUAACCAAAAUAUCCUUUUGCUUGAACAAGUUAAGUCAAAGGAAAGGGGAUUUAGUCAAGAAAGCCCGUCCAGGAAUUGGUCUGGGUUGCAACCAGUGCCUGACCUCGUCCCUCUGUGCCUGGUCCCCACAGGGGGCCACUAUAGCAGGACUUUCAGCAAUAAGGGUUAAACCAAAGGAGUACGCAAGGGAAAGCUUACAGAGCCUGGAGGGAAACUGGUCAGCAUGGUCUCUUGCUGCCCAGCACUGGCUAACUAAGCUCUGACCACACAGGUACAAUCACACCCCUUGAUUCCACCUUUCUAUUAGGUCCUGGGCACUGACCCCCAAAGAAGCAUUCCAGGACAUUAUGAUAUACAAAGAAAUACCACCCUGAGGGAUUUGGGUUCUUUCCUUCCUAAGUGGUUUUGUCCCUAACACAAGACAGAAACCUACAACAUGGCUGCGGGGAGAGUUAGUGGGAAGCUGUCAGGUAGGCCAGGGUCUGAGAGCAGCGCAAGGAGACGGCUUUGGAUCUGGCCAAGUAAGCCUGGCCUAGGCUCAGGACAAGCCCUGCAGAACUCAGCAGAAAUCUGUUCAACUGGUCUGCCUGUGAAGAGGGCUCCUAGAGCUUCCCACAGUAGGCAGAACUCAGACCUGGCGGCCUGACCCCCUCUCCCC